GACACCGUCAGGGGCUUCUUCCUGUGGGAGGCGGCCGGAAGUCGGAUUUCGGUUGCGGAGGCGAAGGCGGCUCCGGUGUUAAACCCUCAGCUGAGGUUCUUGAUCUUCCGCAAUGGGUGAGCCACAACAAGUGAGUGCUCUUCCACCACCUCCAAUGCAGUACAUCAAGGAAUAUACAGAUGAAAAUAUUCAGGAAGGCCUAGCUCCCAAGCCUCCACCUCCAAUAAAAGACAGUUACAUGAUGUUUGGCAAUCAGUUCCAAUGUGAUGAUCUUAUCAUCCGCCCUUUAGAAAGUCAGGGCAUCGAACGGCUUCAUCCUAUGCAGUUUGAUCACAAGAAAGAACUGAGGAAACUCAAUAUGUCUAUUCUUAUUAAUUUCUUAGACCUCUUAGAUAUCUUGAUAAGGAGUCCUGGGAGUAUAAAACGAGAAGAGAAACUAGAAGAUCUUAAGCUGCUUUUUGUACAUGUGCAUCAUCUCAUAAAUGAAUACCGACCCCACCAAGCAAGAGAGACAUUGAGAGUCAUGAUGGAGGUGCAGAAACGUCAACGCCUUGAAACAGCUGAGAGGUUUCAGAAGCAUCUGGAACGAGUCAUUGAGAUGAUUCAGAAUUGCUUGGCUUCUUUGCCUGAUGAUUUGCCUCAUUCAGAAGCAGGGAUGAGAGUAAAAACUGAACCAAUGGAUGCUGAUGAUAGCAACAAUUGUACUGGACAGAAUGAACAACAAAGAGAAAAUUCAGGUCAUAGGAGAGACCAGAUUAUAGAGAAAGAUGCUGCCUUGUGUGUCCUAAUUGAUGAAAUGAAUGAAAGACCAUGAAGGAUGUUUCUUCUUCUUUUUGCUUUUCUCUUUUCCUUUUCAGUAAAUGGUAUAUCUCGUUAAUUUGCUCUUGGAGAGUCUUAAAAGCGCUAUAACUAGAAGUCAUGUGAACGGCUUGACUCCAACUUUAUCAAUUAUGAGAUGUCACAGGCAUUGCACUGUAUGGUAAACAUAGGGAAAUGAGUAUAUAUGUAUACAUUAAGAGUAAUCACCUUAAAAAGGAAAGUGCUGCGAUUGUGUGGAACAUUCCUGGAUGUGGAGUUGCAGAAAACAUCGAAGAUAUCCUCAGUAAUAGCAAGCUUUCAUCUUUGAAAAGUAGAUUUGUCAUUUGCUUUAAGAGUGGUAGAUAAAUAAAGGAUAUCAAGUUGUAUAAAUGUGAAAUUAUAAAAUCUUUAGAUUUAUU